UACUGCUGGGAAAAACAUUAAUAUUUAAAUUCAGAAAACAAUCUUGGUGUGCAUCCAUAUUAAACAAUCGAUCAUGCACAUAAUUUCUAUUACACCAAGUAAACUGAGAAAAAGGUUUUUCCUAUUUACAUUUGGAAUAUCAUGAAUAGAAAAUCCAUUGUGUAACAAUUUUUAUCGUUUCUUGUAUAAGACAUUUUGAUGAAUAUUACUUAUAUAAAUUGGCCUACGUUUAGCGAAUUAAUUUAUUAAUUCUAAUUUCUAAUAUGAGUUAAAGUGAUUAUUAUCAGUAAAUAAGAACCCUGUUGUAUGUCUUAGAUUAUAUAGCCCUUGUCACCUUCAAAAAUAUCUAUUCAACCGUCACUGUAGAUUAAUGAUUACUGUGAAGGGUUUUCCAAGUUUCGAUCGAAAGAAACACAUACUGGAAAACCCACUCCUUCUCGCUGAUAUUAUGAAAAUCCUUGUAAUCAAGAUCCCGUUUUUGACAAAAUUCUCUCAUUGUUGCGUUGCAAAAGUAUAAAGCAACAUGUUCUUUUUCCAGCCGGAUUCUUUAUUCCUUUGUCUGUAUAUAUUAAUAUUUUUGCAAUUCACGACAUGCACUACUUCUCAGGAAAUGUAUAAGCGGAUAAAGUUUGCUCUUCAAGCUGAAGAGCAUAAGGGUGAGUCAAUCUUUGCUGCGGAUGAAGGACAUCUAAGAAAUGACAGAUCCAGAGAUUCAAACCUUCCUCCAACUUGGCAAGAUUUCUGUACAUUGAAGGGCACCGAGAACAAUGGAACCCUGUUUUCCUAUAAAUGCAGUAUUAAUGGUUUUUCGUCAGGAAGAUGGAACUUUUCACAAUUACGUGACUACAUUGCGACAAAGCAUUUCAAAUACGCUUUCGAUGUACAGUGUAGAAACAAUUCAAAUAUUUCUUUUCCUUUUAAUGGUAAAGCACGGAACAUUGUCAAGUUACAUGUGCGUGAUUGUAUUGCAACUGAUUACUACUCAGAUUUUCAAAAUGCCGACUUGGACAAAAUACCAGACGAGCUUGAAGAAGUGGUACUGAUUAAUGUACAGCGUGUAAUAUCGGUCAAAGCGAUGAUGAAAAAUCUUCAAAUAAAGCCGGAGAAUAUUCCAAGGAACGUAAAUUGUGGAGACGAAGACACUCUUAAGGUGAAGAUAGAACGAAAUGAAUCUUAUUCGUUUGUUGGUAACCUUCCAAAUAUAUCAACGUUUAUAACAAUCGCCUCUUCAAAUAUUAUAAAUAAGAGAAUUUCAUCACAAAAAUGCUCUUUCAAAAACUUACAACUUCUCGAGACGUCUGCCCAAUCAUCCCGUAGUAGAUACUUUGCAGAGUUUUUAACCGAGUCUAAUCGAUUUCCAGAAUUAAAAAUAUUAAACAUUUCCCACUCUAGUUUAUAUUACGUACCAGAACAAUUUAAAAACUGGAUGUUAUACUUUCCAAAGUUAGAAUACUUGGACAUGUCACACAAUAAAAUUCAGGAUAUAGUUCUUCCUAUGCCUAAAGAUUAUGAUCCGACAUCAGCAAGGUUAACCUUGGACUUAACCUUCAAUGACAUUCGCCAAAUCUCCGUACGUUUUCUUGAAAAAAUAGUUCUGGCAAGACACUUGUACGUGAUAAUUGAUAACAAUCCUAUUAAUUGCUCUUGUACAGACCAGAUGAGAGACGUCUUGAAGUACAUUCGCGAUACGGAUUGGAAUUCUGUCAAAUACGAACGUCACCAAUAUAUUCGAGAUCUGAAGUGCCAAUUUCCUGAAAAUAUAAAAGGUCGGAGACUGAUAGACUUAACGGACAACGAUAUUGGUUGUGGUUUCAAAAUUUUGCCAAUUAUUGUGGUUUUAAGUAUUUUAAUCUGCUUUCUUUUAAUUUUCCUUUUUUUAAUAAUAAGAUCUAGACUGCAGAUUCGAUUAUUCUGUGCUCAAAGACUUAGUGGUAUACCUUCUGAUAAUUCCAUAGAUAUGGACGCAGAAAAAAGUUUCAAAUUCGACGCAUUAAUUUGUCAUGGUCUCUUUGAUGAGGUAUGGGCUCGAAGUACGUUUAUUGAAAACAGGCACAAACUGUUAAGUCAUUUGAAACUGUGUUUUUAUCGCGAAGAUGCAACAGACCAGAAAAAUUAUUUUGAAAAGUUAAUAGACCAGGUGAAAAGCAGUAGAUACGUAGUUGUAUUGCUAUCACGUCAGUUUCUUGAGGGUGAAUUUCUGACCCCCGGAUUCCAGGAAGCCCUACAGCAGUCGAACGAACAUCUAACGAGAAAACGCUCCAUCCUCGUUUUAAUGGAUGAUAUACCAACUCAGGAGGAGACAAUUUGUCUCCGGAGAAGUUUACAAACAUUUACUUGUAUUCACAAAAAUGACACACGUUUUACCGACAAGUUCCUUUAUUUACUGUCAAGUAAGGGUGAUUUGGCAUGGUGUGAAUACAAUGAAGGAAAUCGUUAACAAUAUGUAGCAAUCUAAAAUUAA